AUGAAAGCCAACACCAUUGCCGCCAUCGUGGCCACCCUCGUGACGAGCGUCGCCGCUGCCCCCACCGAAAAGCGCGAUCUGCCCCUUCUUGGCGGCCAUUCUGGGAUUAUCAAGGGCGUCGGUCCUCUCCUUGACAGCGUUGAGAGCCUCAUUCCCGGUCUGGGUGGCUCCGGCAACGGGCAGGGGGAUGCCCCGGCUAGCAACAUCAUCGGCGGCCUCGGUCUCGGCGGUGCCAAGUCUCGUCUCUAA